AUGAAAGUAAAACAGCCUCAGAAAUUGCCUUGGUUGAUUUUUUCGCACGUGGCCGUGCGAAUCAUUGCAUGGGAAAAGGGUCUCAUUGGCGCAGAGGAGAGCGGAGGGUCCAGAGAUUCUGAGGGGUCUAAUUCUCUGAUAUUUUCGUUUGAGCGCGCUUCAAUAAAUCUUCCACGGCUAUUUCAAAUACAUGUUCUGUGAUGGUUGAACGAAGUAUACAGUUUUGUUGUAUAAAAGCUAGACUCAGAAAACUUUGAAAUAGUCCCUCGGGCUGAAGAUCAUUUUCAGAGUCGUGAAGGGAUCUCAAGAUGGGGCUUUUGGAGCUCUUCAUCACGGCAUCAAUUCCAGUCUUGAAAGUGCUAUUGGUUACUGCUCUCGGGUCGUAUCUUGCACUAGAUAGUGUUGAUAUCUUGGGGGAAGAUGCUAGGAAGCAUUUAAAUACUGUUGUAUUUUAUGUAUUUAAUCCAGCCCUAGUGGCCACCAACCUUAGCCAAACAAUAACUAAAGACAGCAUGGUUAAGUUGUGGUUCAUGCCAAUCAAUAUCCUCAUCACAUUUAUUAUCGGCUCAGUUCUUGGAUGGGUGGUUAUUCUAAUUACAAGACCUCCACCGCACCUGAGAGGCCUCAUAGUGGGUUGCUGUGCUGCAGGAAAUUUGGGGAACAUUCUUCUCGUUAUAAUCCCAGCUGUUUGUAAAGAAAAAGGAGGGCCAUUUGGAGCUCCUGAUGUCUGCCAUACAUAUGGAAUGGCUUAUGUUUCACUUUCAAUGGCGGUAGGGGCCAUUUAUUUGUGGUCUUAUGUGUAUAAUAUUGUCCGGUUAUCUUCGAGAACCACAAAAGAAUCCUCCGUAUCUGACGUAGGAAGUUGCACAGAGCCAUUACUUUCUUCCACGAAACAUUGCUUGAUAUCAGAGGACCCUGAAGAUCAAUGUGCACUACCCUGCACUAGAUCUGUUACGAAAUCUGAGGUUGCUGUUUCGGAUAAAAUAAAGCAACAUUUAGUGAUGCUGUCUAAAAAGAUUAAUCUGAAGGCAGUCUUUGCCCCUUCAACUAUUGGAGUGAUUGUUGGGUUUGCAAUUGGACUCAUCCCCGUGAUCCGAAAGUCACUGAUUGGUGAAAGUGCUCCUCUUCGUGUAAUCGAAGACUCUGCUUCCUUGUUGGGUGACGGAGCCAUCCCAGUUCUCACUCUUAUAGUAGGUGGAAACCUUGUCAAAGGUUUGAAAGGGUCAGGACUUCAGAAAUCCAUCAUCGUUGGCAUUGUAGUUGUUCGUUAUAUUGCGCUGCCAUUGUCGGGGAUUUUGAUCAUUAAAGGUGCACAUCGAUUGGGUUUGGUGCACUCAGAUCCAUUAUAUCGGUUUAUUCUUUUGCUGCAGUAUGCAGUCCCCCCUGCUAUGAACAUAGGAACCAUCACUCAAUUGUUUGGAGCAGGAGAGAGUGAAUGUUCUGUAAUCAUGCUUUGGACUUACGCCUUGGCUUCAAUUUCACUUACUCUUUGGUCAACCUUCUUCAUGUGGCUUGUGGCUUGAACUCUAUCUACCCUACAUUCAAUAUUUUUUUUUUAGCUCAGAGAGUAGGCAUGGGAAUGCGCGACUAAACUCAGAGCAGUAGUA